UGGCUGAGAUGUCCCGGCACAUCUACACCCGACACGGGGUAGCAGAGGGGACGCAGAAGCCCGUGUUCCAGGUGAACAGAGGGACGUACUCCAGACGCAGCCGGCUGAAGAGGUCCGACGGCAGCACCACCUCCACCAGCUUCAUCCUCAGACAGGGCUCAGCUGAUUCCUACACAAGCCGACCAUCGGACUCGGAUGUUUCACUGGAGGAGGAGAAGGAGGGCGGCCGGCAGGAGAGGGAGCAGCAGGCCACCGUCCAGCUCGAGAGGGCAAAGACUAAAGCAGUGGCGUUCGCCGUGAGGACCAACGUGAGCUACUGUGGCGCUCUGGAUGAGGACGUCCCCGUUGGCGGCACGGCCGUCUCCUUUGAUACCAAGGACUUCCUCCACAUCAAAGAGAAGUACAACAACGACUGGUGGAUCGGCCGUCUGGUGAAAGAAGGCUGCGACAUCGGCUUCAUCCCGAGUCCUCUGAAGCUGGAAAACAUCCGACUCCAGCAGGAGCAGAAACGAGGACGCUUCCAUGGCAGUAAGUCCAGUGGGAACUCCUCCUCAAGUCUGGGAGACAUGGUGACGGGAACGUUCAAGCCGAACCCAAACUCUGCAGGAAAGCAGAAACAGAAAGUGGCCGAGCACGUCCCUCCGUAUGACGUUGUUCCCUCCAUGAGGCCGGUCGUCCUGGUCGGACCGUCCCUGAAAGGUUACGAGGUGACAGACAUGAUGCAGAAGGCGCUGUUUGACUUCCUGAAGCACCGGUUUGACGGGAGGAUAUCCAUCACACGGGUAACAGCUGACAUAUCGUUGGCCAAGAGGUCAGUACUAAACAACCCCAGUAAGAGGGCCAUCAUUGAGAGAUCCAACACCCGCUCCAGUCUGGCGGAGGUCCAGAGUGAGAUAGAGAGGAUCUUUGAGCUGGCCCGGUCCCUGCAGCUGGUGGUGCUGGACGCAGACACCAUUAACCAUCCAGCACAGCUCAUCAAGACCUCGUUAGCGCCUAUUAUCGUCCACGUUAAAGUGUCCUCGCCUAAGGUCCUCCAGAGGCUGAUCAAAUCAAGAGGGAAAUCUCAAAGCAAACACUUGAACGUGCAGCUUGUUGCAGCAGAGAAACUAUCACAGUGUCCUUCUGAGAUGUUUGAUAUCAUUCUGGAUGAGAACCAGCUGGAGGACGCCUGUGAACACCUUGCAGAGUACCUGGAGGCUUACUGGCGUGCUACACACACUUCACUCAGCACGCCACUCAACCCCCUGCUGGGACGCAACCUGGGCUCCACCGCUCUGUCUCCGUAUCCUGCUGCCAUUCAGGCCCAGAGAAACCGCAACAGCAACCACACAACGACAGACCUUUCCCCCGUUGAGCGCCACAGCCUGAUGCCCGCCGAUGAGAACUACCACAACGAACGGGCGCGGAAAAACCACAACCGCCUGUCCUCGGGCUCACAGCACAGCCGGGACCACUCGCCUCUGGUGGAGGAGGACUACCAGGACCCCUACCAGGACUCCUACAAACCUCAUCGUAACCGGGGGUCCCCGGGCAGCUUCAGCCAGGACUCCAGGAACCAGCACUGA